AGCUACUCAACGGCAGCUUAUCUUCACUGGAAACCCAACCAAAUGGAUACCUAUUUCCAAUCUCCUGAGAAUCCAGAAACUCCAGAAGAGCCGAACCAGAAUCCACUCGCUAUUGUCCCUUCUCAACAUCCAGUUGCAACUGCCUCCUUCGCCUUCUUUACCAUUUCAUCUACCCAGUUACUCCCCCAUCCUAAAGGCUCCGCCUUGUUUUCCUCCCAUGCACCAAGCAAGGUGAAGGUUCCUACUCAAGCCUACACUCUUGCCCACCUCUCCCUCUCCUCCGUUUCUCCCUCACGUACCAAACUCUCCUUCAAGUCCACAAUUGCCAACAAUCCUCUUCAAUCUCCACUGACUCUUCGACCGCGCCGCACUCUUGACCCCUCCAAUGGAGCUGCAAUUCGCCGUGCUGCCAUCGUCUGGUUCCGCAAUGAUUUGAGGGUGCACGACAAUGAGUGCCUUAACACUGCCAACAAUGAGUCCAUGUCUGUUUUGCCUGUUUACUGCUUCGACCCUCGAGAUUACGGGAAAUCCUCUUCUGGGUUCGACAAAACCGGACCCUACAGGGCUACAUUCUUGAUUCAAUCCGUCUCUGAUCUCCGCAAGAAUCUGCAAGCCAGAGGGUCUGAUCUUGUUGUCAGAGUCGGGAAGCCAGAGACUGUUUUGGCCGAAUUAGCGAAAGCAAUUGGGGCAGAUGCUAUCUAUGCGCAUAGAGAGGUGUCUCAUGAUGAGGUUAAGGCCGAGGAGAAGAUAGAGGCCGCUAUGAAGGAGGAGGGAGUGGAAGUGAAGUACUUUUGGGGAAGUACCCUGUACCAUCUUGAUGAUUUGCCGUUUAAGUUGGAGGAUAUGCCUACCAACUAUGGUGGGUUUAGGGAGAAAGUGAAGGGUUUGGAUAUAAGGAAGACAAUUGAGGCACUGGACCAGUUGAAGGGGAUACCUUCUCGCGGAGAUGUGGAGCCUGGCGACAUUCCUUCAUUGACGGAUUUGGGGCUUAAUCCCAGCGCAACAAUGGCUCAGGAUGGCAAACCAGGUGUUAGUGCUUCUAUGGUUGGUGGGGAGACAGAAGGACUGGAGAGGCUUAAGAAAUUUGCAGCUGAAUGCCAAGCACAGCCACCUAAGGGAAACAAGGAUGGUACACAUGAUAGCACAAACGUUGCUAAUUUUUCUUGCAAAAUUUCUCCAUGGCUAUCCAUGGGAUGCCUUUCUCCCCGUUCCAUGUUUGAUGAGCUAAAGAAAAUUGCUACUAGAACUAUUUCCGGUGGCAAAAAUGACAGUGGUAGUGGUUCACCCAAUAAUUGGUUGUUGUUUGAGUUAUUGUGGAGGGAUUUCUUCAGAUUCAUCACCAAGAAAUACAGUUCUGCAAAGGUUGGAACUGCUCCUGCCACAGCUUGUACCGGUGCUGUUGCUUAAGCAAGAAUCUGUGUCAUUACUGGAGUAAUUCUGUUUUGGGGUGUUGGUUGCUUUUGUUGCGCAAUGAAUUUUUAUGAUGUAGCCAUUGGAUAUUUAAGUUGGAUUUCUUGAUCCUUCUGGAGCCCUUUGCUCUUAUUGCCAUGAAAUAAUUGAAUAGUUUGAUACAAAUUUGGGUAUUUAUAUUCUAAUUAAUACCAAGAAAACAUCUUCUUAGGAUUAUACAUUCAUCUCCUUGUUGAAUGAGUUAAUGCAUGUGACUUGUAAGUAAUGGAUUAAUGCCUUUGGGUUUAAAGCUUCAAGCCACCUUUUGGCAUUUACUGUUUCUGCUGACCUGAGAGUUUGAGAUGGUGAGAAGUGACCGGGUUGUGUUUGAAGGAAUGGUGCACCUUAAUUGCUACAAGAUGUGAAAUAAAUCCAAGUAACCAUU